AUGGCGGACAGCUACAAGGAGGCCUCGACCCCCAAGGCGACAACGGCGUUCGACGAGGCCAACAAGGCGGCCGCGCGUCUGAUCAAGCCCAAGGCGAUCCUGUACACGACGGCGUUCCUCGGCUGGUCCACCUCGCAGACCAACCUGUCGCAGUACAACGACGAAGACCAGUGCGACGCGCGCCCUGUGGCCGAGUUCACGUGCCUCAUGUUCCCUGGCCACUCCAAGGUGCAGUGGACGUUCGCCGUGAACGCGUGGAUCUUCGGCGCCAUGAUCGGCUCACUCUGCUGCGGCUACUUCAGCGACAAGUACGGCCGCAAGAAGGCGCUCAUGGGCAAUUGCGUCUUCAUGUUCGUGGGUGGUGUAGUGCAGGCGUCGGUGUCCAACAUUUGGGCCUUCGCCGCGGGCCGCUUGAUCUCGGGCCUGGCCUCAGGCACGGCCACGGGCACCAUCGGCGCGUACGUGAACGAGCUCUCGCCUCCGCACAUGCGCAACAUGCUGGGCCUGGGGCUGCAGAUCUUCACGACCAUCGGCAUCUUGUUCCCGGCCAUCACCUUCUUCUUCACCAACACGAGCUGGCGCUACCUGGCGGUCUUCCCGUGCAUCCUCGCCGUGAUCUAUCUGGUGCUGGCCCCCAAGUUCUGCAUCGAGAGUCCGGCGUGGCUGCUGACCAAGGGCCGAACGGAGGAGGCCAAGCAGGUCAUCGCUCGCCUCUACGGCGAGGAGCACGUGGCCACGGCCAUGUCGUGGCUCGAGGUCAACAAGAAUCCGGACGCCGUUGAGGAGGCCAGCGACGCCCCCAAGAAGGAGUCCAUGUUUGCCCCUCGCUACCGCAUGCAGAUGGCGUGUGGCAUCCUGCUCUCGUGCGCGCAGCAGCUCUCGGGCAUCAACGCCGUCUUCUACUACUCGGGCUCCAUCUUCAAGUCGGCGGGCAUCUCGGACUCGCGCAUCGGCACGCUCAUCAUCGACUUCAUCAACAUCUGGCCCGCCUUCUUCACGGGCGUCAUGGCCAACCGCUUCGGCGCGCGCAACAUGAUCCUCUGGGGCCUCGGCGGCAUGUUCGUCAUGGCCGUGCUCAUGACCGUGGCGUUCGUCAUCAACGUGUCGGCGCUGUCCAUCGUCUUCACGGCGCUCUACGUGAUCGCGUUCGGCGUGACGCUGGGACCGCUCGUGUGGGUCAUGACAGCCGACAUCUUCCCAGAUUCGAUCCGAGCCCACGCGUCGUCGCUCUGCAUCGGGAUCAACUGGCUCUGCAACCUCAUCGUGGGCGUGGCCUACCCGUACAUCUCGGACGCGCUGGGCGACUACGCGUACGUGCCGUUCGUGGUGCUGCUGGCCGUCUUCUUCCUGCUGGGCCUCAAGCUCGUGCCGGAGACGUCGGGCAAGUCGGCCGAGGAGAUCCUCGCAGAGUACGACUCGCGUCGCGAGAAGUAA